GCGGAAGCCAUGUUUGCGGCAGCUAAUAUAUUUAGUUCUCUUAAACUCAUCUAUAUAUUCACCGUAAACCCUCAUUUAGGACCAUUACAAAUAUCAUUAGGACGGAUGAUAAUGGAUAUAUUACGAUUUAUGAUGAUCUACUUUUUGGUACUAUUUUCAUUUGGUUGUGGUUUGACUCAUCUGUAUUGGUACUACGCUCAUCUAAGAGCACAAGAAUGUCAAAAUAAUAUCCUUGAAUCGUGUGAUAGAAAAUACCGAAGUUUUGCCAACUUAUUUGAAAUAAUACAGAGCUUAUACUGGUCCAUGUUUGGCUUAGUUGAUUUG